AUGGCGGCUGCUAAUUUGGCUCCUUCCUCUACUUUAACUUCUCAAAAUGUUAAAACCACAGAAUCUACUUCAAAUAAUUCUUCCUCUGAAAUUUGUCAAUUUGAUCCUAUUGCUCUUCAAAUGUUCAAUGUUUCUCGGUUGAAUUUAGCGAAUAACAUCAAUAUUCAACCAAUUGCCCUUUCUGUUGAUUUGCAAUAUGAUUUUUGUGUUUCUGAAAAACAAGCAAUUACAAAUUGUAAUGAUUCUGUAUUUUUACAGGAUACACUUAUAAGAAAUUCUUUUCGUCGUCUUUUACUUCUUCGUUCUCUUCCACCAAGUAAUUCUUCAAAUGAUGAAAAUGUUAUGAAUGAAGAAAAGAGAGAUGAAGCCAUAGGUCAAUGUAUGCAAACAAUUAUGGGUGCAAUUGAUCAACUUUUUACUAAUCUUCGUGCUGACAACAAAAAUAGCAAUGUUCGACCAGCAUUUGUUGAACGUUUGUUAGAUUUUUAUUGGCAGUAUCAAUCAAAUAUUGGUGCCUUCCUUAACUCUAAAAGCAAUUUGUCUAUUGCUAAAUCGCCUCUUUUUACUGUCCCAGCUUUGAGCGAUAAUGCUGCAUGUUCUCUUAUUUCAUAUGCUGCAGAUAACCCUUUUAUUUCUGAACUUGUUUGGACUCGAGUACUUACAACUUUGAAUACUUCAAUUCAAAAAAUGCCUUAUUUAAUUGAAUCAAUUGUUGGUUCCGGCAAACUUUUUGGAUUUUUCCAAUAUUUUUGCUUUAUUGGGCCAAGCUGUCGAGUUCCAAAUAUGCCGCCUAAUACUGUAAAAAAAUUAAUUUUUUCUAAUUUUAAUUUUUUUCAGGAAAUUGGACCAUCAUUGGAUUCUGUCUUUGAAUAUUUUGUGCAUUUACUUAUUAAUAAAAGUAAUUCUUCGCUUGUAACCUUAGUUGUUGACAUUCUUCUUGAUGUUUUAAUUUCUGUUUUUUCUAAAAGAAAUUUCAUAACUUUGAGCAAAUUCUCACUUGGCGCUCUUCUCAAAAUAUCUAGCGUUCUAGCUCAAUUUACUCAAAAAUAUGUCAACAAUUGUAGUCUUCCAAAAGUUGCACGUCUCUAUUGUGUAUUACUUGCUUAUUCCAAGAAAAUGGUACAACGUGCAGUUGAUCCAGAUGCUCCCGGACAAUUUUUGCCAGGAGAGGAUGAGAAUACUUCCUCUGUUUCUUCAAACAUGUUUGGAAUAUAUAGCCAUUAUGGAAAUGGACAGUCAUUUUCUGUAAUUAAUGCACCAGCUAAAAAUAUUUGCUUCAGCAAUAUGGAUUCUGAAAAUCAUUUUGGAAUUACUAAUGAUCCUCUUGAUUUUAUUGGAGGUCCAGCAAUGUCUUCAUACGAAAAAAUGGAUGGAAAAAUGGAUGGAGGGUUUAAUAGUUGUUGGGGUGUUUCUACUCCUCCAUUUUCUUCAACAUUUUCUUCAAGCGGCAUUCCAAUUACUUCAUCGCUUUCUAAGAAAAAAGUUACGCCUAAAACAACAAAAUCUAUGGCGCAAAAACAGAUUGGGAUUGGCUCUAUUUCAAAUAUGCCUGUUGAUGAAGAACAUCUUGAGAUAAUAGAUCAAAAUGAUUUGGCAACUUCAUAUUUUGGAAUGUGCCCAACUGCUUGGAUAACUGUGGGGCCUGGUUCGAUGCCUCCACCACCACCGCCUCAUUAUGGAGUUCCAUUUCAUUCAUGGACUGGAACGUCUUCAACUCGUAAAGGAACUAAAAGAAUGGAAACUCCAUCUGUUGUGGUUAUGCAUGCCAAUAAAAUUGAGACUGUUUUGUGUAAUUUGUUUAAAUCAAUUUGUGUUGUUGCUCGUGAUAAUCAUAAUUUAGCUCAAAUGCUUCUUGAAGACGAUUUAAAUGUAUUUUUGUCCGAUUCUUUUGAAUUUUUGUCAUAUUGUGUAUUAAAUAAUGGACAAACAUUGGAUAGCAUUUCAGUUGAAAAGUGGAAGAUUGUUUCACUUGCUGAUGCUAUUCUUUUUUCUGUUUUGACAAUCACUAAACAUAUGGAAAUUAAUAUGUUUACAAGUGACACGGAUGAUGAGUCAUCACGUCGUUUAAUGCAACUCUUGGUUCAAAAUUUGGUUAAAUCGAAUGUAUCAAACGCUGCAUCAGGCCAAAGUUCAAAUAUGCAGACACGCGGUAAUUGA